AUGUCGUCGGCCUUCUCGGCGUGGAUCAAGUCGCCCGCGGCGCGCGACUACUUCCUCAGCACGCACUUCUGGGGGCCCGUCGCCAACUGGGGCCUGCCGCUCGCGGCCAUUGCGGACCUGAAGAAGGACGAGGAGGUCAUCUCCGGCUCUAUGACGACGGCGCUGGCGUGCUACUCUAUGGUGUUCAUGCGCUUCGCCUGGCGGGUGCAGCCGCGCAACUACCUGCUCUUCGCGUGCCACGCCACGAAUGCCACGGCGCAGAGCUUCCAGCUCUUCCGCUUCGUCAACUACCACCACCUCGGCGGCGGCAGCAAGGCGGCCGCGCUG